GCACGCUUGCCAUGGGCAGGGUGCGGAGAGGCGCUCUCCCUAGGCCGGAAGUGCCCUCUAACCUAGGCGGAAGUACUUGCGAGGCAGCUGUCCCGACACCGCGGGGCCCUGUGAGCGGGGCGGAGGGGGCGGCGGUGACGAACGCUCCUAUUGCAACAGCUGCUCUUGAAAAGAAACAGGUUUUUUUAAUUAGAAGAGAAUGGAUGGAGAAGAGAAAACAUAUGGUGGGUGUGAGGGCCCAGAUGCUAUGUAUGUGAAGUUAAUAUCCUCCGAUGGCCAUGAGUUCAUUGUAAAAAGAGAGCAUGCAUUAACAUCAGGAACAAUAAAAGCUAUGUUGAGUGGACCAGGACAGUUUGCAGAAAAUGAAACAAAUGAGGUGAAUUUUAGAGAGAUCCCAUCCCAUGUCCUAUCCAAAGUAUGCAUGUAUUUCACCUACAAGGUCCGUUAUACUAACAGCUCUACGGAGAUUCCUGAAUUCCCAAUUGCACCUGAAAUUGCACUGGAACUUCUGAUGGCUGCAAAUUUCUUAGAUUGUUAAAUAAAAUAAAUUAUAAUAAAAAAUGUAAAACUUUUUUCAGUAUUUAAUA